AUGGCUUGUUUGACUCGGGUUUUAACGGUUUCUUACCCCAUAAAGCCGUUGUGUGGAUUUAAUUCUUGCGGUUCUCAGAACUGGAGGAUGAGUAGAUUUGCAGGUGCUUCUGAUCACAAUUUGAGAUGGAAAGCAAUGGCAUCAGAAUCAGAUUCUUCUUCUUUUGCUAUUUCAGUUGACUCUGAUUCUGCUGAUAGAAACGCUGCCGGGUUUUGUAUUAUAGAAGGUCCAGAAACAGUGCAGGAUUUUGCUAAAAUGGAAUUGCAAGAGAUUCAUGAUAAUAUUCGAAGUCGAAGGAAUAAAAAAAUUUUGCAUAUGGAGGAGGUUCGUAGACUAAGGAUACAACAGAGAAUCAAGAAUGCAGAACUUGGAAUCUCCAAUGAAAAUCAAGAGAGUGAACUUCCUGACUUUCCAUCAUUCAUUCCAUUCUUGCCUCCCUUGUUGGAGCUUAAGCUUGGAUUGGGGGGCACAUCGUAUGCAGAUUUUAUCCAUACUAUGCAUCUGCCCAUGCAGCUGAGUCAGGUUGAUCCUAUCGUGGCAUCAUUCUCUGGAGGAGCAGUUGGGGUCAUCUCAGCCUUGAUGCAUCACUCAACAUCUGAUGCAAAUUCAAUUGCUUCGAAGGCAAUGGUACUUGAUAAUUUCUGCAACGCCUGA